GUCUGCGCUCUUCGUCUUUCUCCGAAUUCCCCCCUCCUCUUCUUGCCGGAUCUCGCCACCACCUCCCCACCCGGCCACCCCCAUCCACCCCGCCCAUGGGAGCCCCCACCCCUCGCCGCUGACCCGUGGGCCCACUGCCCCCUGCUCCCCUCGCCCCCGCCCCCGCCCCGGCUGCUGCUGCUGCUCCUGCUCGCCCACGCAAACCCUAGGCUUUGCUGCUAGAAGAGCUCCAGCGACCGAGGAGGAGAAGAGAAUAAAGCUCAAAUCUUGGAUGCACCGUAACCGAUGGCGACACCUGCCGCAGAGAAGCCGGAAGAUGUAGAGAUCCGCGAGGUUUGGGCGGACAACCUCGAGGCUGAGUUCGCCGUGAUCCGCGACAUCGUCGACGACUACCCCUAUGUGGCCAUGGACACGGAGUUCCCUGGCGUUGUGUGCCGCCCGCUCGGCACUUACAAGACGGCGGCCGAGUUCAACUACGCCACACUCAAGGCGAACGUUGACAUGUUGAAGCUUAUUCAGCUCGGGCUCACCUUCUCCGACGAGCAUGGUGGGCUGCCGGCGCUCGGCGCAGACGGCCGACCCUGUGUGUGGCAGUUCAAUUUUCGAGGCUUUGACCCUCGGACCGAUGUGGCUGCAUCUGACUCCAUCGAUCUGCUGCGCCGCAGUGGUAUUGACUUCUCUCGCCAUGCUGCUGAUGGAGCUGACGCCCGCCGCUUUGCUGAGCUGCUCAUGUCCUCCGGCGUAGUAUUGAAUUCAGAUGUGCACUGGGUGACUUUUCAUAGUGGCUACGACUUUGGCUACCUGCUCAAGCUACUCACCGGCACAAAUCUGCCUGAUACAAUGUCAGGAUUCUUCGAUCUCAUCAAGAUUUACUUUCCUGUUAUCUACGACAUCAAACAUUUGAUGAGGUUCUGCAAUAGCCUCCAUGGAGGGCUGAACAAGCUUGCUGAGCUGCUUGACGUCGCAAGGGUUGGAAUCUGCCACCAGGCAGGGUCUGAUUCGCUUCUGACAGCGCUGUCCUUCAAGAAGCUUAAAGAGGCAUACUUCAACGGGUUAACUGAGAAAUAUGCUGGUGUGUUGUAUGGGCUUGGCUUUGAGGGUGGAGAGACCACCUCUGCUCACUGAGUAAUGGAUAGUUAAAUAAAAGAUGAACUAUUUAUGAAAAUGGAGAGAUCUGUUUGGUGACUUUGUCUGAUGUUUUCCUUUUGCUUGCCCUGGAAAAGGUACUCUCUUUCAGCUAAGUUCUGAUUUCCCCUGCAAGUUACCUUCAGCUAAGCUGUUCUAUG